AUUCGCCCUUUUAUUUAUCUUUAAUUUUAGUGAAUUAUCGCGUUAUCUGGCCUUACCAACAGUUUUCGUAAAUCGUACAUCAAAAGUUAAUCACUUUCAUGUAUCACACGAUGCAUGAAUCAAAUAGAAUGCUAAAAAUCAAACUUAUUAACAUUCCUUUAUUAGUUUGUCCAUAGUUAAUCGUUAAAAUGGACAGUAGUGGUGAUAGUGGUAAAACUGUAGAAGAUUCUACUGUCCAGAAGAAAGAGCCAACUAUAAAUCUGCAAAAAAUUUGUCUCGUUUGCGGAGAUAAGGCGUUGGGUUACAACUUUAAUGCAAUAUCUUGUGAGAGUUGCAAAGCAUUUUUCAGACGCAACGCGUUAGCUACUAAGGAGUUUAAAUGUCCAUUCUCUAAUAAUUGUGAAAUUAAUGUAGUAACGCGUCGGUUCUGUCAGAAAUGUCGAUUAGAAAAGUGCUUAGCGGUAGGUAUGGUAAAAGAGUUUAUCAUGUCCGAUGAGGAUAAAGCUGAGAAGAGGAGAAAAAUCGAAGAAAACAGAGCGAAAAAGCGUCAAAUUAGUGACUCUGAAGAUGCUGUUACGAGUUCAAAGAACUUUAAGCGUGAUGAAGAGAGUGUUUUAAAUAAUACACAUUAUGGAAGCUUAGUCCCGGAUCCCUCUGUAGUGCAGUACGAUGUUCUAAACAGUACAACGUGCAGUCCAAACAGCACAGUGCAGUCACCAUUGAAUAAUGACUUAGAUAACUCAAUAAACUCUCCCCCUGUUUACCAUCAAUAUGUGCCAGUGCAAAAUACGGACAUGCCAUAUACUAUGAAAAUGUAUCCCGUUGAUGAGAAGACUGUUAUAAAUCGUGGUUUCUAUGAACAAACAACAGUGGAUCCGUAUGUAUGUGAUAGUGUAGAGACUAUGUAUCCUGACCCGCCUAAACAAAACAGUAUAAGAUCAAUAUUAACAAAUGGAGAAGCAACAGCUUAUCAAAAGGAAGUAAAUCAACAACACAUUUGCGAAGAGAUUCCGUCAACAAGCACCAACCCUGAUGUGAACAAGGCCAGAGAUAUUCUGCAAGACGUAGAAAGGAUAGAGCCUAAUUCAAUGGAAUCAAUAUUGUGUGAAGCAAUAAAAUUAGAGUUUGAAGCAUAUUCAUCUGUCAACUCGUGCAGCGGAUCAUCUCGGGAACUGAAUGAGGUGGAGCGCGCAAAGUUGAAUGAAUUGAUCGUAGCGAAUAAAGCUCUGCACGCGCCCAUUGAUGACGAUAUAUCUCAGUUGAUUGGAGACACUGCCACUACUGCAGGACUCAAGAGCGGUGAUGGUAAACAUGAUCCUAGACUGAUCACCAUCAUGAACCUGACUGCUGUUGCCAUCCGCCGCUUCAUCAAAAUGGCCAAGAAGAUCAACGCCUUCAAGAAUAUGUGCGAAGAAGACCAGGUGGCACUGCUAAAGGGUGGUUGUAUUGAGAUGAUGGUACUUCGCAGUACUAUGACAUACGACGGACAGAGAAAUCAGUGGAAGCUGCCGCACAGUCAGAAGCAGUUCGGCAGCAUCCGCACCGAGGUGCUGAAGCUGGCGCCGGGAGACGUGUACCGCUCGCACGAGGCCUUCAUCCGCUCCUUCGCGACGCGCUGGCGCACCGACGAGCACCUCAUCCUCAUCAUGUGCGCCGUGCUGCUCUUCACACCUGACAGGCCCAAGGUCGUGCACAGAGACGUCAUCAAGCUGGAGCAGAAUUCCUACUACUACCUCCUGCGCCGCUACCUGGAGAGCGUGUACCCUGGCUGCGAGGCCAAGUCCACCUUCCUCAAGCUGAUACAGAAGAUCCUGGAGCUGAGGAAGUUCGCCGAGGAGAUCACCGGCGUCUACCUCGACGUCAACCCCAUUGAACCUCUCCUCAUGGAGAUAUUUGACUUGAAGCAUCACGACGCUUGAUGUAAACGAAGUAAGCAGACAUAUAUUUCAUACAUAUAGCGCCUCUGAACAACGCACGAGUAACGCUUAAAGGCUAUUUCAACCUUUUUUUAUUUAACUAGUUGAUAAAAAUUCAACCAACUAGUUGACAAAAUCGAUUCGUUGAAAAACGGCAAAUUAACGUUAAGUUAACGCUAAAAUUGUUACGCACGA